AUGAAGGUUAUGUUGCCAUCACGUAUAUACAUACGAGAUACAACCUCGCGGUACUCCAAGUUUGUUGAGGUACGAGAUGGUGACAAUGAAAACUCAACUUUAAUAGGUAAAUACACUGGUAUUACAAAUGUAAAUCUCACUUCAACACACAAUUUUCUCUGGAUAAGAGUACGGAAUUUCAGAAGAUUUACCGACAGGAACAAUCAAGUUUCUUUACAAUACACCUCAUUGAAUGUGGGUUGCGGCGGCAUUUUGCGAAAUAAAUUUGGCAACAUCGCUUCUCCUUCACAUUCAGAUGGCUACUAUCCCCCAUCAUUAAGCUGCAAAUGGACCAUUAUAGCUCCUCCAAUGUUUGUUAUUCAGCUCACAUGGAUGACGUUUAAUAUAGAGUCUAGCUAUGAAUGUGCGUACGAUAAUGUGCAAGUAUUUGACAAUAGUACUGAUUUAGGACAAGGGGCACUGAUGGGAAAAUACUGUGGAUUUUCCCUACCACCCAUGCUGCUCAGCUCCUCCAACAUAAUGUCCAUAUUUUUCACAACUGAUGUCACCGUUAGCAUGGACGGAUUUCUGGCAUCGUAUAUAUUCAUUCAUGAGAAGAACGUUUGCGGUGGAAACUACUUCACUACAUCUGGAGUCAUUAAAUCACCUAAAUAUCCUGAGCCAUAUCCAACAAACAGAGAAUGUACAUGGACCAUCAAUAUACCGCCCGGUCAACAAAUAUUGCUAAAUAUUACUGACUUCAAUAUUGAAUAUUAUUCAAGCUGUCGAUAUGACUGGCUGGAAAUAAGAAAUGGUGGUACUUCAGCUUCUCCCUUAAUCGGCAAGUUUUGCGGAACUACAAUUCCUAAACAGAUCGCUUCACAUGCAAAUAAGUUAUAUCUAUUUUUCAAGUCAGAUCUGAGCAGGACUGGUCACGGUUUUAGAAUUUCAUGGAGCUCCACAGCAACAGGAUGUGGAGGAUUGCUAACGUCACCUACAGGAUCCUUGAUAUCACCACAUUAUCCUGAGCCAUAUGCUAGAAAUACUGAGUGUAUUUGGAAAAUCGUGACUAGUGCUGGCUCCCGUUUACAAGCUGUUUUCUCCGACAUUAAUCUAGAAAAGCACAUGCAGUGCCUAGCUGACUAUGUACAGUUAUUUGAUGGACUGACAUUGAAUUCAGCCUCCCUUGGAAAAUUCUGCUACGAAGCUCCGGAACCAAUCAAAUCAUCAAGCAACCAGAUGUUGGUUAAAUUUAGAUCAGAUGUUGCUUUUCAGGGAAGAGGAUUUCAGCUUCAUUAUACAACAGUGUGUCACAAUACUGUUAAAGGAUUUAGGGGUAUCAUCGAAAGCCCCAACUUUCCCAACAACUUUCCCCAAGAUCAAGACUGUUUAUGGGAAAUUGAAGUUUCCAGUAAAAACAAAAUCAAUAUCACAUUUUCUCACUUUGAACUUGAAAGGUCUCUCUCGAAUCCUAGUGCAAAUAAUAGUUGUUUAUACGACUUUGUUGAGAUCAGUUACGCCGAAAUGAAUGAUGAUUUCGAAGAAAAAACAGAUUAUACUACAUAUGGUAAAUAUUGUGGAUCCCAAAAUCCUGGCCACCUAAGUCUGAACUCAGAUCAUGUACGAGUUCGAUUCGUUAGUGACAAGUUACUACUAGGAACUGGAUUUAGGUUAGAGUGGGAAAUAUUUGGUUGUGGUGGAAUAUUGAAAAAGAGUUCUGGUACGAUAACUUCACCAAAUUAUCCAUUUAAUUACCCCCCCAACGUGAUAUGUGAAUGGAGAAUCGAAGUUGAUUUCGGACAAAGUAUAGAGAUAGAGUUCCACGAAGUUGAUGUUGAGAAAGACACUUCCUGUGACUUUGAUUCAGUCUCGGUAUAUAAUGGUAUAGAUGAUACUUACAACCUGUUAGCAACUAUUUGUAGACAGAAGAGAACGUCCAUUUUAUCCAGUACAGGAAAUUAUAUGUUUGUUAAAUUUAAGUCUGACUACAGUUACCAUGGAAAAGGAUUUACAGCAAAUUAUACAACAGUGCCAACAAAAUGUGGUGGAAGAUUCACAGCGAGCGAAGGUUAUCUAUAUUCACCAAAUUACCCAAAGAACUACAAUAAAAAUGAAACCUGCGAAUACUUUAUUGACAUAGAUGAAGGGCAUGUCAUUGAGCUUCUAUUUGAAGAUGUAGAUCUCUUCAAAUCGGAUAAUUGUACGAAAAACUACGUAAAGAUCCAUGAUGGACCAUCCGCUGCAUAUCCAGUCUUAAAAACAGCUUGUGGUAGUGAAACGCCAAAUGACACUAUUAAAUCAUCUUACAAUAAUGUUUUCAUCGAAUUUAGGUCUCAUUCCUUCUUCACAACUAAAGGAUUUAAGCUUAAAUACUACAAAGCUUGUGGGUCUAAAAUCACAACACAAGGAAAUGGAAUCAUUGGCGUUCAUCAUGAUGAAUUUUCUGAAAACACCCAGACCUGCACGUGGACCAUUAUAUCUUCAGAUCCAUCAAAACACAUCCACUUGACAGUUACACAACUCCAAGGUGUCUACUACUGUGUUCCUGAGGAUGCUCCAUUGGAAGUGCGAAAUGGACAAACCACAGAUUCUCCUUUACUUGGACAAUAUUGUGGCCCUAAAAUACCACCUAAGAUGACAAGUGAUGGAUCUGCACUUACCAUAUACAUCAAAUCCCAAUUAACUUUCUUUGCAACUUACAGUGUCUAUGAUUCACAUUGUGGAGGUACUUUAGAAGCUGCUGAAGGGUACUUCUCGACUCCAGAGUAUCCCAAAAAGUAUCCGUCUAAUAUAAAAUGUGAAUGGGUACUGAAAAUAGCUGAAGGUAAUCACGUGACCUUAAACUUCAUAGACUUUAGUUUAUUAGCUUCGGAAAAUUGUAACACUGAUUUUCUUGAAAUACGCUCCCAAAAUUCUUCUGGAAAACUAUUGGGGCUUUACUGUGGGAAGAAUACUCCAAGUAAUAUAACAAACGUUGGUAGUCUCUGGUUACUUUUCCAAAGUAGUAAAAUAGCACCAGGAGAUAACACCAUUACAGCGAAAGGAUUCUAUGCACAAUACGUAUUAAAUGAAGAAAAUGAACUAACUGGUAUAAAAGGACAAAUCGAGUCUCCAUUAUAUCCACUAUUUGUCAUGGAUUAUAAGACAUAUUCAUGGAAAAUCACUGUGGCUUCGAAGAAACGAAUUAGGUUGACAUUCAAAGAGUUUUAUUUGGAUGCCAAAGACACAUUUGAUGAUGAAUGUUACUUUGCAACCUUUGAAGUAUAUGAUGGCGUGGAUGACACAGCCUCGUCAUUAGCAAAGCUCUGUGGUAUAUCGCUACCAGAACCGAUAAUUACAACUUCAAAUGUUAUGUUUAUAAAAGUAGAUUACAGCAGUCCACGAAUGGGCUCGAAGUUUAGAGUAGAUUGGGAACAGAUUGAUGGAGUUUCUACGAGUGUUUAUACACCUUUAUAUAAGACGGAGUGCAACAGUACGGGUGAAGUAAUUCAAAUAGUCAACGGAUCCAGUUUUAUUCUAACUUCUCCCGGAUAUCCACACGGCUACGAUCAUAUGCUAAAAUGUAACUGGCUCUUCUCCACAAUACCUAUGAACCAUCUCUCCGUUAUCUUUCUCGAUAUAGAUUUAGCAAUGAGUAGAAGCAGAUUUUCGAACUAUAGAAAAUGUGAUAUUUUGAACGACAAUAUUAACAUUUACCAGAAACACUUUUAUGACAACGAUUGGAUAAAGGUUCAGUCUAUAUGUAAGAUGGACGAUGCCAAAACUCGUAUUCAGGCUACAGAUUUCUUAAAAGUUGAAUUUCUGACUACACGAUAUAUCAAUGGAACCGGAUUUAGGGCUAGAAUUUUUGAAACCUGUGGAGGUGAACUAAGGGCUUCAACAGGGUAUAUUAUAUAUGAUAAUUCAACAGUUAAAGGUCAGGAGUGCCAAUGGAACAUAACAGUCGGAUCUACGAAGAUGAUAGAAUUAAUAUUUGAAGAAAUGCAUAUCGAUCAUGAUAUUAGUAAAGGCUGUGAUAAUUUCCUGAUGAUAAGAAAUGGUAAAUUUGCAGACUCACCUUUAUUAGGUGUUGGUAAAUAUUGUGGACAUACACUACCUGAAAAGUUGACAUCUACCGGAAAUAACCUGUAUAUAAAAUAUAAAGGAUCAAUGGGUAUCGAGGGUUUUAGACUAAAAUACCAAGAAGUUUCAGCUAAAUGUGGUGGCAACAUCAUAUUAAGUACAUACGAUAACUUUACAGAAAUCAAUAGUCCCAAUUAUCCUAAUAUUCCCAAUCCUCAUAUAGAGUGCAAUUGGAGGAUUACAGCCCCAUUAGGAGAAAUUUUAAGGAUCGAUUUUGAAGAUAGAUUUGAUUUAACUUCCAAACCCAAUUGUGAUGUUGAAUACGUUGAAAUUAGGGAUGGAGGAACAGAAUAUUCUUCAAGCAUAGGAAAGUUCUGUCGAACUUCUCCCAGUUCGGUAUACACUACUGAUAACAUGAUGUUCAUCAAAUUCUUCACCGAUACAGAUGAACCUAAAAAUGGAUUUAAAGCUAAAAUAUCGAUGUCCCGAUGUGGUGGCACCGUAAGGGGCAGAACGGGAGAAUUAAGUUAUACUAGUACGUCGACAAUGAACAAGCAUAACUGCACUUGGCACAUUAUUGGACCUGAGGAUCAUUUUCUUUUUAUUAAUUUUAAAACGGUGGACACACCAUGCGAACGAUCUACAGCAAAUUAUGUGACUGUAUUUGAGGGUUUCCCAAUAAAAGAUGUUCAAAGCAAAAAUGGAAUACAGAUCGCCAAGUUUUGUGGAAAGAAUGUACCUAAGCCAAUCAAAAGUGAAUCCAAUUCAGUAACGAUUGUGAUGUGGGGUGGAAAUCCUGGACACUUCUCCCUUAAAUACAAUUCUAGUCAAACUGCGUGUGGUGGAAAGUUAAAUACCGAAAGUGGAAUAAUACAAUCUCCCGGAUAUCCAUCCAUGAACCAUUUCAACAGAGUUUGUCAUUGGGAGAUUGUAGUACCUGAGGGAAGGAGAAUUACAUUCAAUUUAAUGGAUCUCGAUUUGGGAGGAUCCUCAAACUUUAUCUAUGAUAGGGGUCUUGAACUAUUCGACGAUACUAUUUUGAAAGUACGACGAGCGUUGAUCACUACCUCUUCCAACGAAACUAAAUUUCAAUCUAGUUCAAACGUGAUGUUCGUACUUUUCUGGUCUAUCAGCAGGUCAGAGCAUAGGGGAUUCAAAGCCAAUUUUACAUCAGAUCUUCCAACGUUAUGUCAAGGUGUGUUUAGCAGAGAAAACGGGGUAGUAACCAAUCCAGAAACAACGAACAAAGUUUACUUUUGUCAGUGGGUCCAUCAGCGUACGGAUAUAGCAAAAGACAGAACAUUUACUGUAGCCCUUACAGUAAAAACCAAUAACGAAAAAUCUGAAAGUGCAUGUACGUAUUCUCCAGUCCUCGUCGAAAUUACUGCUACUGAUAAGAAAACGGUUUUGUCCAAGGUGUGUGCCUCAACAACUGCUCCCGUUAUUAUAAGAUCUCCGUUUUUGGUUACCAAAUUAUCGGCGGCAGCUGCAAUGAAAUUCACACUCAACUUUACAGCAACUUACAGCACUUACGACUGUGGAGGCAUGGUUCACGAUCAGUCGGGAGUUAUCUCAAGUCCUGGAUUUCCAAACAAGCCAACCAAGUCGUAUGAGUGUGCUUGGCUUCUUUCAGUUGACGCAGGCCAAACUAUAAAUAUAACCACUGUGUCGCUAUCUCUUGGAGAUGAUUGCGAAAAGAGUUAUUUAGUAGUUUAUAAUGGCGGCCUUCCUACUCAUCCUAGAAUAGGAAAAUUCUGCAAGAAUACAAAACCUGAGAUAUUGAUUUCGCAGAGUAACAAACUAUGGAUUGAGUACAAACAUGAUCAAACCUCUACUGGAACAGGAUUUAUGUUGAAAUAUGAAGCCAUGAGUACAGGUUGUGGUGGUGUAUUCCAUGAUAUAAAACGUACAAUUAGGACGCCAAAUUAUGGCGUUGGGGACUAUCCACAUAAAGCAGAAUGCUUAUGGAUUAUUGAGUCGGAACCUGGAUAUCACAUCAAAUUGAAUUUCAUUGAGAGAUUCUUUAUAGAACAAAGUACAAAUUGUACAAAGGACUAUGUAGAAGUUUGGAGUUGGGAUUUGGAUCAUUGGACCUCUUUAGGACGAAAAUGUGGUAGGGACACUCCGACAUCUUUACAAUCCAAGGGAGAAAGAAUGAAAAUUUUGUUCAGAAGUAACGAAGAAACAGCUGGUGCUGGAUUUAAGGCUUCCUGGGAAUGGUUAUGUGGAGGAAAAUAUCUUGCAGAUACAAAGACGCGCUAUAUCGUCAGCCCUGGCUACCCUAUGCACUACAAAAAUAGUCUAAAGUGUGAAUAUACCAUAGAAACAAAAUCUGAAGCAAUUAAUCUAAGAUUCCUUGACUUCGUUUUAGAAGCAGGUAGACCCGAUUGUAAAUUUGACAAUCUUACAGUAGCUGGUAAGACAUUCCCAGGAUCAUAUAUUUAUACAAGAAACACAUAUUGUGGCGACAAUUCGCCAGAGUCGGUUAGGAUGAGAGGGACAGUUAUUCUGACAUUUAUGACAGAUAGGUGGGUUACAAAGAGAGGAUUCAAAAUAGAAUACAGAGAUGAUAGUUGCGGCGAAACAAUUACGGAAGAAACUGUUAUAGAAAAGAAACCAACAAAACAAUUGGAAGGCGGGUCAUACCGCUAUUAUCAGCCCAAAAUUAAAUGUAUAUGGAAUAUAACUGCACCAGCUAAUCAAAUUGUUAUUUUAAAGAUAACAAAAUUGGGAAUGUUCACUAGUACCAUGUGUUAUGGUCAAAAUGUAGAAAUCUUUAAUGAUUUAAACAUGGAUCGCUCGCAUCGUUUGGCCCAGUUAUGCGGUAGUAUAAAUGAAACUUUCCCCAUUCCAUCGGAGACUGGAAAAAUGGUUGUGAAGUUAGAAACUUUACCCAUGUCUUUUGGAGGAUUUAUAGCUCAAGUACAGUUUGCUCAUGGUCCUGCCGAGGGAUGUGGCGGUCUUAUCAACUUGACAGACUCCAAGGUCAUUGAGUCACCGAACUUGCCUAAAAUGGACUGUGUAUGGAGGAUCGUAGCGCCAAGGGACCAUCAAAUUGAAAUUAAAAUAAAUCAUUUUAACAAUGUUGCAAGUUGUGGAAAUAAUAAAACUCGGAAUGUGAUGGGAUGUGGUGACUGUAAUAUGCUGGAGAUUCGAGAUGGCGCUAGUCCAUUCUCUGAAAAAAUAGAAACUCUUUGCGGGAAUAUUAAUGAAGCUGAUAAUAGACCAGCAAUACGUACUUCAGGAAGUUUUGGUUAUAUCAGAAUUGGGAUGUAUGGACAAACGAGAGAUGCUUUCAAAGUUACGCUGACAUCUGCGAUGUCAAUUUGUGGUGAGUCCGUAUUAAUAGCCACUACUGACGUGAAAACUCUAACAUCUCCAGGAUUUGAUGAGGGCCAUUAUCCAUCUUACAUUAAAUGCAGCUACGCUAUAUCCACUGGAAGUAUAUAUGAUAAAAUCGUCCUUCACUUUGACGAGUUUGAUAUUACCGAUGAGAUAGUUGUAACCGAAGAAACCAGGGACUGUAUUGGAGACUAUAUUCAAAUUUACGAAGAUCCAAAUCUUGGCGUUAACAAUGGUUUGGGUUCAAGUGUGGUGUAUAAUGGUGCUAAUACACAUGCAAAUCUGAUGUACACUGAUGUUAAGGGACGGCAUCUAUUUUGUGGAAAAGACGAAAAACCAUUCGAUUACUAUACAUCCGGAAGGUCCGUGACUGUAUCAUUGGUUAGCAAAGACAAAACACCAAAAGGAAAAGGUUUCAAAUUAGAAUAUUCACGAUCAGGUUGUAACAGAAACUACACUGAACCUCAAGGAAGAAUCACGAAUGGAAAUAGUAAAGUGGACUGUAAAUUCUCGAUUAUAGUACCAGAGAACAGUACAAUCUCAGUAUACUUCAAUUCAUUUUACAUGUAUUUCACGGCAAACUGUUCGGAUAGUGCACUUGAGGUAAGUAAAUUGAUUAUGACUUUUUAUUCAGAAACUGUAGUAGGAUAACAUUUUGCAUUCAGAAUAACUAUAGCGUGUAGUAUUAGUGAACCAAUCAAC